CGUUUGGAACGCGACGUGAUCGCCUUGUGAGCGCCAUUGUGAAAAGUGAAAAAUGGAUUUUCCACCCUGGGCAGUCGAUGCGCUUGGGCCGCCCGAGCAUGUGUCGUCGCUUUUCAGCGAUUAACAAGUGUUUUCCCCCAGUUUUCCCCAACCACUCUCCGCCGGCGUGGGCCAAGCGGAAAUGAGAAAAUUUAAUUUUAACAAAUAUUAAUUGUCAUCCUGUGUCAAAUCAAAUUGAAACUCGUGUGUGCGUGUGUGUUUUGUGUAAUUGCGUAAAUAAUCUUUUAAAUUAAUUACUGUUUAAGACUCAAGUAAGUUGAAACUUACCCAAGCACAGUAGAAAUUAAAAAAGUAAACGUGAAUAAUAAUCCCUUCAAGUUCUUUAAGUUGAAAGCAUUUAGAAUACAACAAAAUUCGAAAUAAUUGCCACAAAGCAACUAUUUGUUUAUUAAACGAAAACCACACACACACACAAAGAAAACCAAACGAAGGGGAACAAAUGGAUUUAGGAAUAGAGGAAAAUUAAAAUAACACACCAGAGAUAGCGAGAAAAAUCACUAAGAGAGCGAAUAUGUUUAAUUUGCUGCGAAGAUCGCGUCGUGGAAAAACGCACAAGACGCAGGCCUACGACAUCGUCGAGGAUGAGGAGGAGGGGGGACCCAUGAGAUAUAGCCAGAUCGGAGCAUUAUCCACCGCUCUUAGCCAAGAGCGACCGGAAAGAGCUCGACGGGCGGUGAUCGAAGAGCUGGAGGACUUUGCCAGCGACUUUGACAACGAUGCCAGCGGCGACGAAGAGCGUUUAAAAUUAGCAAAAACAGCUGCUAAUGGCCGCUCCGACCAUUUGUAUAUAAAUAAAAUGGGCGGAGAUGCGAGGACGUAUUCCUCGGGCGGUGAUCGAAAUGCGGCUCCCAGCAGUCAAAACGAGGCAGCCAGCGCGAUCGCGAGCAAAAGCGUUGAUGACCACCAUCAAAUUGCCACUUUCGAGUCCGAAAUCGAUGGAGCUAUAGUUCAUCGCCAGCGCAACGAGGAUAGUGAACCGCACAAGCGACAAUCGCUGCUCUCCCUGGGAAGUUUUAAGCUCGGCCCCAGCCGAGAUAGUCCAGAAAAAGAGCCGAAAAAGCCGAGGAAAAGUCUGCAAAAGAGUCGCGAUUUCCUUAGCGACAUUUUCAUGGCGCGUGGUCGAAACCACCAGCGUCAAAAGCAGCAAAUUGCCGCCGCUGGCAAGCCGAAUAAAUCGAUCAGUAAAAGUAAUGCCAAAGACGUAAUCGCCCAUAGUGGUGCCGCACACCUUGAAACGAACUCCGACCCCGCGCUCGCAUCCCCGACUACUUAUCAAAUGACUUUGGCUAAUAAUAGCCCAGAGAAUAGCGGCCAACGAAGAGUGAGCGAAGAGAAAAGUAAGCCAGCUGGAGGGCAGGAAGAGCACAAGAGUUUUCCCGCAGAGAACGGGCAUUUUCCGCUAGAUAUCGAGCCGGAAAAAGAGCCGAGAGUCAUGCGUUCGUCGAUCAUUCAAGCGGCAAACGUUGAGCGGCCAACAGCAAUUGCCGAACAGCAGCAGCAACAGCAGCAGCAGCAGCCCGGCAAUGCAAUUGCUGCCCCGCAGCAACAUCUGGCCAACCAGCAGCAACAUCAAGCGCCACAGCAGCAACAGCAACAGCAGCAACAGCAACAUCAGCAACAUCAGCAAUUAAGUGACAUAACCAUGGGCCAAACCAGUGCCAAACCGAACGAAAUCAGUUCGGCCCACAGUUCGCGUUCGAGUACGCCGCGUGAGUUCCGUGAAUCGGUCGUGAGUCCGCCGCAGGCCCCGCCCAGGCAUCAAAAGUCCCCGGAAGUGCCCAAGAUCACCGUGGAAGAUUGCAGUUUUCCAGAGGAAACAGCGGGAAAAGCCGCCACACAGGAAAUAUUCUACGAACUGAAUGAACCCGCCGAAGAUUCGCUAAAUAUCGAGGAACUCAACGAGGCGCAUAUCGAGACUUUAGAAGAUGAGGUCUUCGCCUCGGAUAUUCCAGCUACUAUCUACCAAAAUUCUACCAGUCGCCCAUGGACUCGCCUGAGUCAUGUGAAGCUGGAAAAUGUCCAGGAGGAAGCCGAGGAAGAGGAGGAGGAGGAUCAGGAAAUGGACGAUGUAGAUGAGGCUGUGGACUUGGACUAUGAACACAAUAUAAGCAACAAUCAGACGAAUGGCAACUCCCGGCAAUCGGCCAGCAGUGAGAGAAGUGCCCUGAAAAGUGACUCCAAUCUGAGCAGCAGCUAUGCGGAUUCCGGGAUCGGGGAGCAGGAGCUGAUUACCCCACAGCAGCCACCUCAGCCACCGCCCCGCAGCUCCUCGCACAUGGCCACCGCCCAGAACCUGAGCCACACCUUCAUCCGCGAUGGCAACUCCACCGAUUGCGAGGAGACCUUUCUGCAGUGCGACGAACUCGACGACAUUGAGCGUUUCAGCGAGUUCAGCGAGCGAUUGGUAUGCAUCGAGAGCAUCAGUCUGCCGGAUGUGGUUGUGGAGUCAACGACCGCCAAUGCCGCCGCAUCAGGAACAUCGGCAACAACAGCAUCGGGAACAGCAACAGCACCACCAUCCACAACCACAAAUGGCGGCGAUUCGCAGAUCAACAUCAAUAUACCCAAUGGAGCGGGGGGCAACAGCCUGGGCAAUGUGCACUUCAUACCCAUCCACGUGGAGGGUCGCAGUCGCAGCAGCAGUCCCAAGCAGCGCAGCAAGGACGACUCCUUCCUCGGCCAGGACAUGCCGCCCAGCAUCGAGAUCGUCGAGGAUGGCAGUGUCCUCAACAAGCCGGUGCGCCAGGAGAGCCCCUUUGAUAACCAGGAACUCAGAAAGGAGCUGAAACAGCAGAAAGUUCGAUUCGCCAGCCAAUUGGACGAGGCCCACAAGAAUGCCAAUCAACUGGAGGCCAAGGUUGGCGACAUGCAGUUCAAGAUCCAGAAACUGGAACAGGAACUGUCUAUUAAGCAGUGGAAUGUGGAGCGACUCCAGGGCGAACUGAGUGCAGCCCACAAGGACGAUGAAUAUGUGCGGAAAAAACUGAAACUUUUGGAGGAUGAAAAAGUUCACCUACGGCACAAAUACAGCGAAAAUCAAGAUGAAUUCCAGAUCAAAUAUAACGAACUCGAAGCCCAGUAUACCGAACUAACCGAGAAGUACAAAUCGACCCAAAGCCUGGCCAAAAGUUUGCAGACACAAUUGGCCUGUGCCCAAGUCGAAGCUGAGGAAUGGCGCCAGCAGGUGGAGAGGAUCCGAGCGGAUCUGGAGGAGCAGAUGCGCAUCCUGAAGAACGCACUGGACAACUCCGAGGCGGAGCGCAAGAUCUGUGAGGACAAAUGGCAGAAGGAGUUCGAAAUGCUCAGGACACACAAUCGAGAACGCGAGGAGUCCCUGAUGACGGACUGCGAGUGGCAGCUGCGGCAGAUGCAGCGGCAGUGCAAGGACAAGACGGACAAGUCCAACUACGAGCGGAAGCAGGCAUCUGCGAAGGCGGAGGAGCUGGAACUGGAGCUGCAGUCCCGGCGGAAGGAGUCCGAGUUGCUGCGCACCUGCCAGGCGCAGGUGAACUCGCUGAGGGGCGUGGUCAACGAGCAGGAGCAGUCCAUCCAAACACUAAUGGACCGCAUCGAGAACCUGAAGGCGGAUCUGCAGUCGGCCAAUGAGAAUCUCGAGGCGCAGAUCGAGGCGGUGCACAAGAUCAAGUAUCAGUGUGAUAAUGCCAUUUAUGACAAGGAGCGUCAAAUGAUCUACAAAAUCGAUGAGGUGCGCAACGAGGCGGCCGCCUUCUGGGAAAACAAACUUUACACAGAGAUGACAAGACUGACAAAUGAACUGGAGUCCGUGUAUGUGGACGAGCGCCGGGAUGCGUUGGAUAAACUGCAGAACGAGCACAUCGAGGAGCUGCGGGCAUUGACCAACCGAUAUACGUCCAACGAAGAGGAACUGCGAGCUGAAAUCGAGGAGCUGCACGAGAGCCUGGAGCAGAAGAAACAGGACUUCCUCAGCCUGCGCGAGCGUUCCGACAAUGCCCUUCUCCAGACCCGCAUGCAUUUGGAUAAAGCGGAUAGGGAGUACCAGAAUGCCAUGUGCCGCGAGGAGGACCGCCGCGUGGAGAUGGAGGAGCGGCUGAAGAAGGAGUUCGAGGCGGAGAAGGCCGAGAUGGAGGAGAGGUUCCGCGAGCGACUUGGCCAGGUGAAGGAGGAGUUCGCCAAGGAGCUGCAGCUCUCCACGCAGGACAUGGUCGAUUCGCAUCGCAAGGAGCUGGACUCUCAAAAGGCCAAGUUGCAGGCGGAGAGGGACGAGGCACUGCAGGAACUUGUGGAACGACAUCGCGCGAAAAUGGCCGCUGCCGAUGAACGAAUCAACAUGGAUCAGCAUUUAGGGCGAUCGACAACCUCUCCGGCCCUGUGGGCGUUGGCCAAGGGGGCGUGGCCGUAUAUGCCGACGCUAUAUGUUCUGUAUUUGACCAUGUCGCCGCUGAUCGCAAUCGCAUGCUUAGUGUUCAAUAUUGUCGCUGUGCUCUAUAUCAAAUACCGUCACCUCCUAGUCGAUGUAGAACUUCGGCACCAGCGCAAUCUCAAGGACCUGAAGGCGGCCUACGAUGCCGAGAAGGCGGCGCUGGACAAGCGCGACAUCAGCAACGCCAACGAGAUCGAGCAGCUGCACCGCAAGUGCCGCUGCCUGACCAACCUGUUCGAGGAGAUGCGAAUGCGUUACGAAAGGCGAGAUCCCCGAGCCGAGGAUCUGCGUGAGAUUUCCGAGCUACGAACACGGUGCGAAAGUCAGGAGCGGGAUUUGUACGUGCUUACGGAUCGCCUGCGCGAAAUGCAGAUUCAAAUGUCCGAGAUGCAGCAAAAUGGAGAUCGAAAGGGAGGAGGGAAAUCGGUGAAGAAACCUCCGCCCAAGUCGAUAGCCACCAACUGUGACGUCAUCUACGAAGAAAACGAAGAACGGGAAUCCCCCGAGCAGGAAAAUGGGGAAAACUCCUCCCAGGGAGAUGACGAUGACCAAGGGGAGGAGGGGGAAAUCGAACAGGAACCCAGCGACACGGAGUCAAAUCACACGAUCGAGGUCAAUGGAAAGUCCGAUCGGAUCAACGAAGAUGACGCCCAUCUAAUCACCGCCGUGUGAUCUCUUCUUUAUUCUGCAUCUUCCAAAUUUGUGGCUGUAUUUUUUCGGGAUCCCCAGGAGUUCCUGAACCAAGGAUGUGCGAUCCCGGUUGCUUUGGUGCUUCAUGUGCUGCCCUCUGUAUCGCAGGAUACGGAAAUGUCCCACUCAAAACAAAAAAUCGCUCAAAGCUUGAACUCAUAAAAAUUGUAAAUGAAAUUUCUGAAUUGGUUUCUGAAACCUCAAAAAAAAGAACGAAAUAAAUGUAAAUAUUUUUAACUAAAAAAAAAUA